AUGGACUCGACCGUGUCGUACCUGAUGGAGAUGAAGAAGGACUUCAUUCUCAAGAUCUCGGAGGAAAACCGGCAGAUCACUCCGAUUGGCGGCAAGGUCGAAGACGUCUCCGUUCUGAACGAUCUGGAGACCUCCAUCCGGCAGCCGCUCAUCGCCGAGCCCGUCAAGUCGGCUGCGCUCACGCCCUCGCUGCUGUCCACGAUGUUUCCUCCGUUCUCGCGUCUGCAGUGUGCAGACAACGUGCGAACGGACGGCGUGGCGCGGUCGUCUUCGCUCUACGGCGUGAUCAGCUGCGUCAGCAAGGAGGAUCUGGUCUACUCCCCGGUAUCUCCGACCGGCGUCAUCACCGCGAUCAGCAACGGGAAGGUGCGGCUGAGCGUGCUGGACCCGGAGACGGGGAUCGUGGAGGACCGAUCCUACGACGAGAGCGAGGUGCGCGUGCAGAAGUACCGUCUGCUGUUCCAUCUGGACGACGUGCAGCAUCUGCGAGGCAUCGUGGGGCGGCUGUGCGUGGCGCUGCUGCAGCUGUGGAGCCGCGAGACCAUGAUCUCGCUGCUGUAUCUGAUGCAGCCGCGCCUGGACGUGAUCGACAGCUGCAAGAUGAACAGCUACGACAUCGUGCGGCUGAUGAAGUUCAUCUACCUCACGCAGAAAACCUCGCAGUCGUGGACGUCGACGUUCCACGAGACCAUGACGCUGGAGUCCUGCCAGUUCAAGCUGCUGCAGCUGGCCAUCCGGCAGAUCGUCAGCACGUCUCCGCGCGCGUUGACGCUGAUCCAAGCGUUUAUGGACGGCACAUGGGACGACACGGACAACAACAAAGUCACGCUGUACGUUCCUCCCGAGGACGAGCGACUCAGCAUGGAGUCCGCGUCGCUGCGGCAGCUCACGCUGUCCUCCAUCUCCAUCGGGAACUUCACCAACAACUGCGUGUACGUGUCCUCGCUGCACCCCUCCUUCCCCAAAACCAAGUACUCCGACAAGAUCACCAUCCCCGGCGCCGCGGGGCUCCGCAUCAUCUUCGAUCGGCAGUGCUAUCUGGACCCUACCCACGCCUCGCUGUCCUUCUACCAGGACGAGGCGAUGAACCAGUCCAUCGCGCGGUUCUCCGGCACGGCCGACGCGUUCUGCUCGUUCACGGUGCGCGGGAACACGGUGCGGUUCACGUACGAGAGCAACGUGUCGACGGGCGAUCAGUGGGGCUACGGGUUCAUGGUGCAGCCCUUCGAGAACGUGAACUGGUCGUGCGACGCGGACGUGCUGUCGUCGCGCUGUUUCGACUGGAACUGCUACGCGUACGACCUUCUGAUCGACAUCUCGAAGAACUACAAGUUCGACAAGGACGACUUCUUCAACCGGACGCUCAACAACCUGGUCCUCUACCUCCAGACCUCCGGAAUGCCCUUCAAGAUGCGCGUCGUGGAGCUGCUGUCGCGGCUGAUCACCUCGUCCCAGAUCACCGUCACGGCGCAUCCGGACGUCAGCGGCAUGAUGACCGUCGUGCUGCGCUACUGCGAGAACAUCGACCGGAACACGAUCGUUCCCUCGCAGCUGCCGCUGCUCCUCGACUUCCUGCUCACCUACACGCUGAAGGAGGAGAUCGACGCCGCCUCUCUCAAGGAGAAUCAGUCUUCCAUGAUCGCUCCGUGGGUAGAGAACGUUCCGGAGGUCAAGAAAGACUCGCUGCUCGAGCAGCUGACGUCGGUCCAUCUGCUGACGCGCUGCAUUUACUACCGCGCGCCGAUCCCCGCGAAAUAUCUCCGCGUGAUCAUGGAGGCGACCGGUCUGCCGUGGACGGAGCCGAAUUAUCGCCUCGCCGUGGAGGCCAUGCGCUCCUUCUCGCCUCUGAUGGACGAGGACCUGCUCACCGCGUUCGAGAUCUUCGCGCAGCAGUCCAAAUCGUCGCUACUAGACGUGGACGCGCGCUCCUACGCGCUCACCGACGACGACAAGGCGCGCUACUACGCGCUGCGCGACGUGGAUCCGGUGCACCUCCGUCUGCGCAUCGCGCUGCUGCAGUUCUACAACCGGCAGCUGCAGCCGUGCAUGCAUCUGAUCGAGCUGAUGAACGCGAGCGGGAAGGACGAGCGGACGCUGGGCUCGCUGAUCACGAGCAUCUCGCUGUACGUGUUCCCGACGAUCAAAGAGAACGUGCUGGAGAUGAGCAUCAAGCAGACGGAGUACUCCGGCCAGGCGGCGUACCCCAUCGUGGAGCUGGACAAUCGGCGCAUCUUCACGGAGCUGGAGCGGUCGGGGGACGACAUGGACAACGACAGCCACUCGGCGAUCAACUCGGAGUGCAUGUUCGCGCAGUUCUGCCGGCAGAUGCAGCGGUUCCCGGUGAGCGUGCUGCGCGCGAAGCUGGACUCCAAAGACCGGCUGGUGGCGAUCAAAUACAAGGGCGAGCAGGGCCUGGACUGGGGCGGGCUGUACCGCGACGCGGUGGAGCGCUGCGUGGAAGAUUUGUUCUCGGAUCACAUCGACCUGUUCAUUCCGUGCCCCAACGCCAUGAACGACCAGGAAACCGAGGAGCGAUUCAUCCCCAACCCGCGCUACCGCGACAGCAGCGAGGCGCUGGAGAUGUACCGCUUCGUGGGGAACCUGAUCGGCGUGUCGCUGCGCACGAAGCACCUGCUGUCGUUCGAGCUGUCCCCGCAGAUCUGGAAGACGAUCGUCGGCGACGAGGUCACCGAGGAGGACAUCAAGGCCGUCGAUUCCGGGCUCAUCUCCACGCUCCAGCAGGUGCGAGAGUACUCCGAGAGCGACGGCGUCGACGAGUUCCCGUUCGUGUUCGAUAUGGUCUUCGCGAUUCUGGAUUCCGCGGGGAACGAGGUGGAAUUGCUGCCCUCGGGGUCGCAGAUCGCGGUCACCUUCCACAACCGCCUCAAGUUCUGCAAGAUGGCGCUCGAGGCGCGCAUCAACGAGGCGCGGCAGGCCGCGGAGGCGAUCGCUGCGGGCGUGUACGCGCUGGUUCCGCAGCGAGCGCUGUCGCUCUUCACGUGGGAGCAAUUGGAGCGGACGGUGAAGGGAGUGCCGGAGAUCUCCGUGGAGCUGCUGAAGAAGCACACGGUGUAUAUUGGAUGGACGGAGAGCCAUCCGGUGGUGAAGCAAUUCUGGAAUGUGAUGGAGGGACUCACCGACAAGGAUCGCAGCCAGUUCCUGCGGUUCACAUGGGGACGGUCGAAGCUGCCCAAGAGCGAGUCGUGGCCGCGGCCGUUUAAACUGACGUAUAAGAACGCGGGGGAUUAUAUGUUGCCGGUGGCGCAUACGUGCUUCUUCCAGUUGGAGCUGCCGCAGUAUUCGUCGGAGCAGAUCAUGAGAGAGCGACUGCUUGUGGCGAUCCAUUAUGGGUCUUCGGGAGAGUUCAUUAUGCAGUAG